UAGUUGUGUUUGUGUUGACAUGUGUGCAGAGGGCUUUGGGAAGGGGAUGGUGAACUGGUGGGGAGUUGAAGUACGUGGAGGAGGGAGGUGAAAGGAUAAAAAGGAGGGAGCAGCAGAGCAAGAGUCUACAUUGUCAGCAGAACAGAAUCCGGAAGGAGGAUGGGUAGGACUCAACUGUGGCUGCUGGCCUCGCUGGCCUUUGCCUCUAUCGCCUCACUGGUUGAUGGAGCUCCACUGAAGGUGAUGUCUGCCCCGAACUUGUUGCGCGUAGGAACGACAGAAAACAUCUUUGUGGAGUGUCAAGACUGCACAGGAGGAGACAUUAAAGUCGAUAUCAACGUGAUGAACCAUCCGACCAAGGUCAAUAGGUUGGCAACCACAUCUGUGACGCUUACCAGUGGGCAAAACUUCCAGGCACUUGGACAAAUAAGGAUCCCUGCUGGAGGCUUCAGCAAAGACCCCAGACUGAAGCAGUACGUCUACCUACAAGCUCAGUUCCCCGACCGCUUGCUGGAGAAAGUCGUCUUGGUGUCCUUCCAGUCUGGCUUCAUCUUCAUCCAGACUGACAAGACAAUCUACACCCCCAACAGUAAAGUUCUUUACAGGAUGUUUGCAGUGACACCCACCAUGGAGCCGGUAGAGAGGGAUGAACAAAUUCAAAACGAAGCUUCCAUUGCCAUUGAGUUUGUGACUCCUGAAGACAUCGUUUUACCUCUUGAUCCAGUCUCUCUGAAAUCAGGAAUCCACUCUGGAGAAUACAAACUUGCUGAAAUUGUCAGCCCUGGACUUUGGAAAGUCGUGGCUAAGUUCCACAGCAACCCACAGGAGAGCUUCUCUGCAGAGUUCGAGGUCAAAGAAUAUGUGCUGCCCAGUUUUGAGGUGAAACUGACGUCUACAAGCCCCUUCUUCUAUGUGGAGAGUGAAGAUCUCACCAUCAACAUCAAAGCUACGUAUCUGUUUGGUGAAGAGGUGAGUGGCACAGCAUACGUGGUAUUUGGGGUUGUGCUUGAGGGUGAGAAGAAAAGCUUCCCCAGCUCUCUUCAGAGAAUAUCGAUCGACAAUGGUAUCGGGUUGGUCCAACUGAAGAGACAGCAAAUCACACAGAGCUUCCAGGAUAUCAAUGCCCUGGUGGGGAAUUCAUUAUUUGUAGCCGUCAGUGUGCUGACAGAGAGCGGUGGUGAGAUGGUGGAGGCAGAGUUGAGAGGUAUCCAGAUUGUCAAAUCACCCUACACCAUCCACUUCAGGAAAACGCCCAAAUAUUUCAAACCGGGAAUGACCUUCGAUAUUGUGGUUGAAGUCACAAAUCCAGAUGAAACUCCAGCACAAGGUGUUGCAGUGGUGGUGGAUCCAGGUGCUGUGAAGGGUUUAACUGCAGCCAAUGGCUUUGCAAAGCUUACAGUCAACACAAUGGCUGGAGUGGCAAGACUGCCAGUCACUGCUAAGACCAACGAUCCUCUUAUUCCACUUGCAAGACAAGCAGAAGCCACCAUGACAGCUCUCCCAUAUAACACUAAAAGCAACAACUACAUCCACAUAGGAGUGGAUACAGCAGAGCUGGAAUUAGGAGAUAAUCUAAAAGUUAACCUCAACCUAAAAAAGCAGUCAAAUCAAGACACUGACAUCACAUACCUGAUCCUGAGCAGGGGUCAGUUGAUCCAAAGUGGUCGUUACAGGACAAGAGGCCAAGUGCUGAUUUCCCUGAUAAUUCCCAUCACCAAAGUAAUGCUGCCAUCAUUCCGCAUUGUAGCCUACUACCAUCUAGAUGACAAUGAGGUGGUGUCAGAUUCCGUAUGGGUGGAUGUCAAGGACUCCUGCAUGGGCACAUUGAAGCUGGAAUCAUCAAGACCUGCUCCGUCCUACGAGCCUCGCAAGAUGUUUGGUCUGAAAGUCACCGGAGUUCCAGAGGCCAUGGUGGGACUGGUGGCAGUGGACAAAGGUGUCUACGUUCUCAAUAACAAGCACCGCAUCACCCAGAAAAAGGUGUGGGACAUUAUAGAGAAAUACGACACAGGCUGCACACCCGGUGGAGGGAAGAACAGUAUGAGUGUGUUCUACGAUGCCGGACUGUUGUUCGAGUCCAGUGCUGCCUCUGGGACUCCCUACAGACAAGAAUUGAAAUGUCCGGUCCCCGCCAGGAGGAAACGAGCUACCACUGUAAUGAACGUCACGACCACCUUAGUGAAUAAGUAUAAGAAUGAACUGCAGCGAGAGUGUUGUUCAGAAGGCAUGAAGGAGACCAUCCUGUCAUACACCUGUGAGGUGCGCAGUGAGUACAUCUUGGACGGUGCAUCCUGUGUCGAUGCCUUCCUGCACUGCUGCAAAGAGAUGGAGAACCUGCGGGGCGAAAUGAAGCAGGAUCAGCUCGACUUGGCUCGCAGUGAGGAGGACGACAGUUACAUGGACAGCAAUGAAAUUUCUUCUCGCACCAAGUUCCCUGAGAGUUGGCUGUGGUCAGACAUACAACUGCCUGCUUGCCCUCAACAAACACCCAACUGUGAGUCCACAUCAUUUAUGAAGCCAGUUCCUUUGCAAGACUCAAUAACAACCUGGCAAUUCACUGGCAUCAGUCUGUCAAGAACCCACGGAAUCUGCGUUGGAGAACCAUUGGAAGUGAUCGUAAGGAAGGACUUCUUCAUCGAUCUCAGACUGCCCUACUCUGCUGUCCGGGGAGAGCAGCUAGAAAUUAAGGCGAUCCUCCACAACUACAGCCCUGACGUUAUCACAGUGCGUGUGGAUCUGAUUGAGGAGGAGAAUGUGUGCAGCGUGGCUUCUAAACACACAAGGUAUCGCCAGGAGGUCAAAGUCGGGCAGCAAACCACACGAUCCGUCCCCUUCGUCAUCAUUCCCAUGAAGGAAGGACAAUUCAACAUUGAGGUCAAAGCAGCUGUUAAAGACUCAUCACUCAAUGAUGGAAUCGUGAAGGUGCUGCGGGUGGUGCCUGAAGGUGUACUGAUUAAACAACCACAGAUUAUAACACUAGACCCCUCAAAAACAGGAGGUGAACAGGUGGAAAUUCUCAACAGUAGAAUCCCCAGGAAAGAUAUGGUUCCAAACACACCUACUACCACACAGAUUUCUGUGACAGGGAGGGAAAACGUUGGUCAACUGGUAGAGAACGCAAUUAGUGGGCAAUCGAUGGGUACCCUGAUCUACCAGCCAUCAGGCUGCGGAGAGCAGAACAUGAUUCACAUGACCCUGCCCGUCAUUGCAGCCACGUAUUUGGACAAAACCAACCAGUGGGAGACUGUGGGCUUUCAGAAACGAAAUGAAGCCCUCCAGCAUAUCAAGACCGGCUACACGAACGAGCUUGCCUACCGUAAAAAAGAUGGAUCUUUUAGUGUGUGGGCCUCUCACGGAAGCAGCAGCUGGCUGACAGCGUACGUUGCCAAGGUGUUCGCCAUGGCUAACAGUCUGGUGGCAGUGCAGAACAACGUGAUCUGUGACGCUAUUAAGUACCUGAUUCUCAACGCGCAGCAACCCGACGGCGUGUUCAAAGAAGUCGGAAGGGUGGCCCACGGAGAGAUGAUUGGUGAUGUGCGCGGCACAGAUUCAGAGGCCUCCAUGACAGCCUUCUGCCUCAUCGCCAUGCAGGAGUCACGGACUCUAUGUGCUGCGACUGUUAAUAGUCUUCCAGGCAGUGUAGAAAAAUCGGUGUUAUACCUGGAGAGGCGUUUGGAAAGCCUCACCAACCCAUAUGCUGUUGCAAUAACAUCGUACGCCUUGGCCAACGAAGGCAGACUGAACAAAGAUGUCCUCUACAAGUUUGCUUCUCCAGAGCUGUCCCACUGGCCUGUACCUAAGGGUCGUGUUUACACACUGGAGGCCACAGCUUACGCACUUCUGGCUCUGGUCAAGACCAAGGACUUUGAAAAAGCCCGACCUAUUGUGAGAUGGUUCAACCAACAGCAGAAGGUGGGCGGAGGAUAUGGCUCAACUCAGGCUACCAUUAUAGUGUACCAGGCUGUAGCAGAGUACUGGGCCGCUGCUAAAGAACCAGAGUACGAUCUGAAUGUGGACAUCUUGUUGCCAGGCAGGUCAAAGCCUGAAAAGAUUGUCCUCAACGCGGACAACAGCUAUACCACAAGAACAUCUAAAAUCAAUGAUAUAAACCAGGAUGUGAAAGUGACUGCCAAAGGAACAGGAGAAGCAACAGUGACAAUGGUGUCGCUGUAUUAUGCUCUACCUCAAAAGAAGGAGAGCGACUGUCAGAAGUUCAACAUGUCAGUGGAGCUUAUCCCAGAAAGGAUUGAUGCAGAUGAGAGUAUAUUUAAGCUGAAAAUAGAGGUUUUAUAUAAGGACAAGGAGCGUGAUGCGACCAUGUCGAUCUUGGAUAUCGGUUUGCUGACUGGCUUCACCCCCAACACUAAUGACUUGAACUUAUUGUCUAAAGGACGUGCCAGGACUCUUGCAAAAUAUGAGAUGAACACUCUCCUUUCAGAAAAAGGCUCACUGAUCAUCUACCUGGACAAGGUUUCUCACACACGGCCAGAGGAGAUCACAUUUAGGGUUCACCAGAAGAUGAAAGUGGGCGUCUUACAGCCAGCGGCCGUUUCUGUCUAUGAAUAUUAUGACCAAACACAGUGUGUGCAAUUCUAUCACCCACAGAGGAAAGCUGGACAGCUACUGAGGCUCUGCAGAAAUGAGGAGUGCACAUGUGCUGAAGAGAACUGCAGUAUGCAGAAGAAGGGCAAGAUCAGCAAUGAUCAGCGCAUAGAAAAAUCUUGUGAGACUACACCGACCAGUAAAAUAGAUUUUGUGUACAAAGUGAGACUGGAGGAAUUCACAGACGGUGGGUCUACUGACAUUUACACAAUGCGGAUAUUGGAAGGGAUCAAAGAAGGAAGUUACGAUGUGGCUCCUCAGGGGAAACUGCGCACAUUCCUGAGUUAUCAACACUGCAGGGAGUCUUUAGAUCUGGGCAAAGGCAAAAUGUACCUCAUCAUGGGCACAUCAAAAGAUAUUCACAGAGAUGACCAAAAUGAAUCGUAUCAUUAUGUGCUUGGGGAGAGAACCUGGAUCGAGUACUGGCCCACAGAAGCUGAGUGUCAAACCGAGGAGCACAGACCAACUUGUUUGGGCUUGCAGCAGAUGGUCCAGCAGUACUUGCUCUUUGGAUGUCAGCAGUAGUGUAACUCGAGAGAAAACUGUCCAUUUCAAAUUGGUUUUAUUUUUUGCAUUACCUUUGUUAUGUAAAACUUUCUCUGCUAUGAGAUGUGAAAGAUUUAGAGGUUACUACAUGCAUUUUGUUGAUUAAAAUGUAAUGGUCUUAA